AUGCCUAUACGGGUUCCUAGAUUAUGGAGAGAAGGGACGACAGCAGGUACUGGAGGUACCGCCCACGACAUCGUCGAAACUGAACUGGAGAAGCUGGCAAUGGUGAAGAAGCAGAAUAUGUGCCAAACUUUUUGUGGCAACGUACCUCCGCCGAAAAGUGAAGUGAAGAUCCCAUUCAUUGCUUGGAAGGGAAGGACUUCAAGACCUUUGCCCCAUGUCAAAGUUGUACUGAGAACAUUCUUCGUCUCCCCGCCAUGCUACGUUCUGAAAACACCGGAUCCACAAGUUGUCUGUGCAUUGGAAGAAGUCGAUGUAAUAUUUCUUCUCGCAAGCAUUACGAAUGAAAUAGGUGGAUUUUGUAUUUUCUUCUAUGUACAGUAUUGUCAAAUCGAAAUGGAGCAUGGUGUAGUUGCAAUCUUUACGAUUUGCCAGAUAGCAUGUGAACAUCAAAUCAAUACAAUUCAAAGACUCAAAACGUCAAUGAAGUACAGCAUUGAGACGGCGACUAACAUUUUGCACUAUCAUGAUUAG